AUGCAUUCUUGCUCUCGAGCUUCUGCGUGUACUAGCAGCAAACGAAGGAAAGGCACACCUGGGUUAGUUGCAGGCGUUGUUAAUAAAACUUACCCAGGUCUCUUAAAACCACCACCUCCUAGAGAUAUCAUGGCUUUGGUUCAAACUAGAGGUCAUGUGGAGGUAUCAUACUCUACGGCAUGGAGAGGCAAACAGAAAGCUAUAACUUAUGUUCGUGGUACUCCAGAAGAGAGUUUCGAGCAUCUGCAUUCGUAUUUGUACAUGAUAGAGCAUUUAAUCCUGAAUGGAUUUGGUGGAUGCCUUGUAUUUGCAACAGCUCAGGAUCUGAAUCAUCACCAUUAUCCCCUUUCUUUUGGGGUAGUUGAUGGGGAAAAUAAUGAUAGUUGGAACUGGAAUGUAAGCCUGAUCAAUGCAAUAAGGGAUGUGUACCUGCAAGCUAAGCAUGGUUAUUGCAUUUAUCAUUUGGCCCAGAAUGUGAAAAAGAACGUUAGGAGAGAGAAAGAGUUAGUUGUAGGCAAGUUCAUGGAAGUUGCGAGGAAGUAUACAGAGGCUGAGUUUCUUGUGGCUUAUAGUCAACUGGGAGAAAGGUAUCCAGAUGCAAUUACGUAUUUAUGUAAUAGUUUGCUAGAGGAAAAAUGGGUAAGGUGCUAUUUUCCGGGAGAAAGGUACAACAUCGACACUAGUAAUUGUGUAGAGUCUAUGAACAGCGUGUUUGAUGAUGCGAGGAAGUAUGCUUUAUUACCUAUGAUGAAUGCCAUCUUGUCAAAGGUAUCUGAGUGGUGUAACGAACAUAGGAAAGACGCUGCUACAGCACCUGGAGCACAUAAAAUGGUUCUCUAUGUCGAAAAUGUCUUACACGGGAGAGUUGAAAUUGCUCAGUCCCUAAAUGUGACUGAGCUGAACUCAAUUCUGGUUGAAUACGCUGUGGUCCGUGGAGAUGGGAAGACUUAUCUGGUGAACUUGAAAACCAAAUCUUGUUCAUGCAGAUGGUUUGAUAUAGACAAAUAUCCUUGCGUCCAUGCACUUGCCACAGUGACAAUUUUUAUGGCCAGGGAAGAUAGAAGUGAGGACAUCCAUUCGUAUGAUUUGUGCUCGAAGUAUUAUACUACGGAAUUGUGGGCACUUGCAUAUGCCAGGACGGUAUACCCUGUUCCUCAUCGUUCACAAUGGGUAAUUCCAGAUGAUAUCAAAAAGAAGACUGCCCCAAAACCACUUGUGGUCCCGAAAAAAGCUAGAAGAAGGCAACAGAGAAGAUUUGCAUCGGUUGGAGAGCGUGGGCCAAGACCAAGUAAUAAGCGUAAGAAAAGGCAGGGUAAUACUGAGGAUUUAGUCCGGAAUGCGCAUGGUAAUACUCAGGGGAAUGAAGGCAGGGAUCCAAAUUUCAAUGCCAGUAAUCCUGAGGGGAAUGCACAUGGUAAUACUCAAGGGAAUGAAGGCAGAGAUCCAAAUUUCAAUGCCAGUAAUCCUGAGGGGAAUGCACAUGGUAAUACUCAGGGGAAUGAAGGCAGAGAUCCAAAUUUCAAUGCCAGUAAUCCUGAAGGGAAUACGCAGGGUUAUACUCAUGGUGGAGGCUGGUGGCAAUAUUUUAAUUGCAGUAAUCCUGAGAGUAAUAUCAGGGUGGAUCUAGUACUCAGGACAGAUGACAAUUUUAAUUUGUAA